AUGACCAACUCUGCGAACGAUGCCGCGAACGGUCAGAAUUCCGACCUACCCGAGACCAUAUGCCCGUACUUUGUGCACCGCAGCUUUGCCAUGCACAACGGCCGCACCAUGCACUUUGAGGAGAGCAGGGAUCAUCGUACUAUCAAUAAGCGAAAGAUGACCAAGAAACUCCUUGUCGACCAGUACAAGAACAAGGAGAAUGACGUGCCCGAGCCGCGUUCCAGUACAGAGCACCUUCAGCAGAUGGUAGAGCAACUCGACAAUACCAUCUUCGAAUUGAUUCAACCCAAGCCUGCUGAACAGCUCCGGAUCUUGUCUGACCUGAUCAACUCGGGUUCCGACUCGUUACAAUGCCAGGACCUUAUCAUCAACUUUGCCAAGAGUAAAGUCAACCAGACCGUAGUCAAGGCGACUCAAUCGCAGGCAGGUCCCGUUCUAGAUGAUACGAGCAUCGCCGAGUAA